GACAGAGGGAGCUCAUCUGCGCUCUCCCCAAAUUGGAUUUGAACCCGCAACCUUCAGGUCAGCUACUCAACCGCAAGUCAGCAGUAUUGCCAGCACAAGGGUUUUACCCAUUGCCCCAUUGGAAGCUCCUUGAAGGCAUUACUCCUCCUGAAGUGAUGUCUUGGUUGGAUAUUUGCUGGAUAACUGAGUUAAUAAACAGUCCUUUGGUCAUUUCUUGACACAAAACUGUAUCAUCCAUUUUCCAGCUGUGCUAGUCCUCCCACCUCUCCAGUUGUCUAAUUCAGAAAUUUCUUGCCUCUGCUAUUGAUCUGAUUCCUUCUACUGAUGCAUCGAUUGAGAAUGCAGCUUUCCCCUUUGAUAUUCAACCCUAUUGCCUUUAAAAUAUGGUGUGCUACAAGGCUCCCUCUUGUUAUUUAUGCUAUUCAAUAUCUAUAUGAAGCUGCUGAAUAAGUAAUAAAGGAGUGGAUCUUCAAUAGUAUGCUGAUGACACCCAGAUCUACUUUUUCUUGUCGUCAGAUUUGGCUGAAGCUGUGCAGAUGCUGGUCAGUGCCCGAAUGUUGUAAUGGGCUGAAUGUAAUAAACAGAUUCAUUACAGGGUGCUGUUGUUCAGUGCGGACUUGCCUUUGUAUUCAUCUGAGAGAGUGUGAUUUGCCAGUGGUCUCCCAGUGCUGUAGGUAUAGGAUCAUUUUUAAAUUUCAUUUUUAUUGCUCACAGUACAGGAAGAUUGAUGCCAUCUUUAAGCAAUACAAAGAGGCCUGUUUGAAACAUCUAACACAACCCAUCUAGUUCUUUUGGCUGCAAAUGUAGGUCUGGAUGUGUAUGCAGUAUCUGGUGCUCAGGAUACUGAACAGCAUUGCUGAGACAUCAUUGGAUAUCUCUGUGUUCUGUGGAUUUGUAUUUAAUAAAUGAUGGAAAUGACGGUGGCUAGUUUUUGUGAAUACAUUUUUAAUUAUACAACAGCGGAUUAUCUGUCUCUUUUCCUUAACACUCAGCAACUGAAAGCUUUGUGGGCCAAAUUCAGUGUGCCAGUAGUAAACAGGUUUGUUUUUAUUUCUGUGCCAUUCAAAUAAAUAAUGUGGUCAUGUAUCUGACCGCAUUUUUACAUUAUAAAGGCUAAACUGAUAUGAGCAGCUGCAUUCUGUCUCUUCCCCAUCUUAUGCAGUCGUGCUCUAUGACUUGUGACCUUUUUCCCACAUAGUCUGACUCACUUCUGACAGUAUAGUCAGACCGGAAAAAAUAGUGUAUUGCAGCAAUAUCAGGAGAGUAUAGAUAACCCAACCUUGCUUAUGAGCCCAAGCUCUUCUUAGUUCCACUGUUGGAAAUCUUUGUGGAAACGCUUCAGCAGAGACUUGGAUAGGACUGUUAGUGGAGCAAAACGAAUGAGAGACAUGGAUUCAGCUGAAAGGACAACAAAUCGAAGUGAACAAAAAUCAAGGAAAUUUUUAAAAAGUCUUAUACGGAGGCAACCCCAGGAGCUUCUGUUGGUAAUUGGAACCGGCGUGAGUGCGGCUGUGGCGCCAGGAAUUCCAGCCCUUUGCUCUUGGCGGAGCUGCAUUGAGGCCGUCAUCGAAGCAGCCGACCAGCUGGAAGUGUUGCAUCCAGGAGAUGUGGCCGAAUUCCAGAAAAAAGUGGUCAAGGAAAGAGAUUUGCUUGUGGUUGCCCAUGACCUCAUUCGAAAGAUGUCACCACGCACAGGAGAUGUUAAGCCAAACUUUUUCCAGGAUUGCCUAAUGGAGGUCUUUGAUAACUUGGAGCAACACAUUCAGAAUCCUGUUCUCCUGCAGGCAAUCCUCCGACUCAUGGAGAGAGGCACAAUGGUGCUCACCACCAACUAUGAUAACUUACUUGAAAUUUUUGGUCAGCAACAAAACAAACCCAUGGUUUCACUUGACUUGAAAGAUAAGGACCAGGUUCUCCAGUGGGCAAAGGGACAUAUCCAAUACGGAGUCCUUCACAUUCAUGGUUUGUAUACCGACCCCUGUGGAAUGGUGUUGGAUCCUUCGGGAUAUAGAGAUGUUACUCAAGAUGCCGAGGUGAUGGAGACUCUGCAAAACCUGUAUCGGACAAAAUCUUUCUUGUUUUUGGGCUGUGGGGAGACCUUGCGCGAUCAGAUAUUUCAAGCCCUCUUUCUAUAUACUGUCAAAAACAAAGUGGAUCUCGAACAUUACAUGUUGGUACUUAAAGAAAAUGAGGACCAUUUUUUUAAACUACAGGCAGACAUGCUUUUACACGGCAUAAAAGUCGUCUCUUAUGGGGAUUGCUUUGAAAGUUUCCCUGAGUAUGUUCAAGAUCUCACAACUCAGAUCUGCAAACAGAAGAGCCCAGAUACAGAUCGAGUGGACAGCACAACACCUUUGGGAGCGUCUUGUUCAGACUGUGCAAAGCGAAAGCUAGGAGAAAGUGGCACUGGCCAAACUAAAAGAGCAAGACAACUCAAUAAUGACACUGCUGAAGAAUCUGGUCCUUGUGAAUAUGUGAGGAUGUGACUGCAAAACUGCUAUAUACUGCGAUUGUGCCAUCUAUUUAAAUCACAAUGAAGAAUCAUUCAGAGGAUAGAGGGAGGCCUAAACUGCUAAAGUUUAACUCAGUAUGUGAUGAAGUGUCUGUCCUUGUGAACAAGGGUGGGUGGUUUGGGAAUGGACUAACUAUGUGUAACACUCCUAUGUGUUCAGGAUAUGCUAACUGCAGAAGUGACUUUUAACUAAGUCUGACUUGGUAUAACCAAGCUAUCUCAGGGAUAAAGUAUUGCAAGAGGUUUGAAAACAUCACUUUGCUUUUAAUUUCCUUGACUCCUCAUCUUUCCACCUAGUGUAAGCUAGACAGAGGAAUAUAUCUUAUUCUAACAGAAUGGUUAUUUAACAUCUUCCAUUAGAGUAACUGCAUGAGAAGAGUGGGAUAACAUCCAAAGAUUUUCUUCCAAGGGCAAAAAAAGCAUGAGAACUGCUAAAGAAUUUACUCAUUAAACAACUUCUAGCAGUUAAACAAGCACUUGUGGAAUACUAAUGUUUAUUUUCUUUCUGAUACUAAUGUCAUGUGGUUUUUAUAUUUUUGUAAGGUUUUUAAAUAGAACAAAUAAAACAAUGAGUGCAAUUCAUUUUUCCUAUUUUAAUAAAUAUCUUUCAAAUUAA